AGCGAUAUCCCAGCCUUGAUGUGCGAUAUCACUACCCUGGAUAGCGAUAUCCCAGCCUUGGUGUGUGAUAUCCCAGCCUUGGUGAACGGUAUCCCAAUCUUAGUGGGCGAUAUCCUAGUCUUAGUGAGCGAUAUCCCAACCUUGGUGAGCGAUACGAUAUCCCAGCUUUGGUGA